AUGGACGUUACCUCGAUGCUUAAUUCGUCCUCGGUCGCGAGCGGGGACGAGAGGGCGACUGCAAGGCCGACAGAAAGGGUAGAAGGGAUGACAGGAAGUCCCUCCGCCUCGGCCGACGCGUCCUAUCAGAAGGCGGUGCCGAGAGCAGCGGGCGAUAUGAAACCACCAAGUAGAAACCGGACGCCGUGGGAUGGCGACGGAUACUCCCUACCACCCGCACUAGACACAAGGCCCGCACAAGCACCGGCUCGGCCAACAUCGCAUAGUAUGUCGCCGCCAGAUUCUAACAGCCCCAAAUCACCACGACACAAGCCCUCGGACAGCGACAGCAGCAUAAACUCUUAUGAGUCUUCGACACUCUCUCCAUCCCAUGCCCAUUCGAGAGACUCGUCCACAUCUACCAACGGAGGGUCACAACCCGUCAGCACCCUCCCCGACGCACCACGCGAGACCAAAUUCGACGGUUCGGACGUUGCGAUGCCUAAAAUACGGCCUUCCGAUACGCACGAGAGGCGAAACAUAGGGAUCGCAUAUCCGCUAACAACCUGGAACCCUCCGAGGACUGGGACGAUGCGGCCGGGUUCUCCAUCCGAUGCCGUGCUGAUAUCUAGGGGGGCGCCAAGGCCGAAUCAAACGAACUACCCAGACACAAUCAUCCAGACUCCGGAGUCCACGGAAAUUUCUUGCCGGUACCAGGCAAAAUGUGACACUGGUUCCCAACUCCGGAAGGCCAUCUCUCACAUUUUCGGCCGGAACAAGACCUGUACUCGAAGCAUACCUAGCCACGUGUGGGUUUAUUUUUGUCGCAAACACUACCAGCGCAGUCGGUAUCGCAACGCCCACGAAUGGGCCAAAGUGCAAUGUGAUCUGGUGCAAGAGCAGAUCCGUCGCGUCCAAAAAUGGAGUGAUGACAAUAAGCGGACAGGGCAACCCGGUGUCGUCCAAGAUUGGUCCCUGUCCAUGAGAAAGCGAGAGCAGAAUCGAGUCCAGGAGAAAUCCAACAGGAAGCGCCCCCACCCUGGCGACAGUGAUGACGAGGACGACGACAUGCAGGACAGUGCUAUGCUGAACGGUACCGCUGUGCCAGAGUGGCUACGUAGCAAGUGCGGCAGUGGAUACAGCACAGCCGAGAUAGAAGAGAUUGUAGCUCGCCUCAAACAAGAGAUGGAGGAGACCGGCAUGACACAGAUUCCCGACAUCGAAAUACUCCCCAAUAUCCCCACGGAAGCGUCGGGGCCUUCCGGAGCUAAAGCGCCGUUGAAACGGAGGACUAAUGGUGGAGGCGGCGUCCACAGGCGAUCUCAGUCGGUUGGCGUAAGUCUUCUGCCCGAAUCUCAACCGAUGGCUCGUCGGGUGAGCCAACCCCCGUAUUGGCAACAAGAAUACGAUAUCCUCCCACCGCCGACGGAGAAACGUCAGCGUACAUCCGACGCUCCCCCGUAUAAUAAUCUAUACGGCCUCUCUGGACGCCCCACACUCGCUCCGCCGAGACAAGUGCAUAAUCUGACUCAUCGUCCCGGCUUCAACAACAUGCAGGAAAGCCGCGUACAGGAGUCGUAUUACAGCAACGGCGAAGAAGCCGGAAAUCCCGGCCACGGUUACGGACGAGACUCUAACAUGCGAGAAAGCCGCGCACGGGAGUCGUAUUACAGCAGCAGCGAGGAAGCCAGAAAUCCUGGCCACGGUUACGGUUAUUGGCCUCUGUCGAACCCUCAGCGAAACCCCAGCCAGCAACCCGCUGCAGGACGAGGUUCCAACAUGCAGGAAAGCCGCGCGCGGGAGUCAUAUUAUAUCAACGGCGAGGAAGCUAGAGAUCCUAGCUAUGGUUACGAUCAUUGGUCUACGUCGAACCCCCUGCGAAACCCUAGCCAGCAACUUGCUACAAGACGACGGGGUUUAACGUGA